AUGGAGACAGGGGGGCCUGGUCAGCCCGGUCAGCCAGGCCCGGUGCUGGGGCUUCGGAGUCUCUCCUUUGCCUACCAGGGAUUGCUAGAGAUCCCCUACGAAGUCAUACUAGCCCAGCGAGACACCCUGGAAGUGUUGGACCUCAGCUACAACCUGCUGGAGGACUGCCAACGGAGCCCAGCUCUCCUGGGUGAACUGGAGAAGCUCAGCACUCUGAUCCUGGACUGCAACAGCUACUCGUCCCACGUCAAGUUCCCCUACAUGCCUAGUGUCAACACCGUGUGGAUCAACAAGAACAAGGUCGGCAACCUGCCCAUCUUCGUUGAGGAGAUCCGAAGCAAGUUCCCCAACAUCAAGAUUCUCAGCAUGAUGAACAACGAAUCAGCACCCAGCUACUUCAAUGGAGGGAGUCUAGACCAGUACAUAGACUACAGGCAGUAUGUGAUCAGUCAGAUCCCAAGCCUGAAGAUCCUGGAUGACACUAAGGUUUUGGAGAAAGAGAGAGCGCAGGCUAAGAAGACCUAUAGGAUGCAGAGGACCAGGGAAGGCAGCAAAAAGAGGAAGGAACUUCAACAUUAA